AUGCUUGCCGAAUUGCUCGGAACCGUCUUGCUAGCGCUUGGAGACGGAGCCAUCGCACAAAUGGUACUCAGCAGAGGUCAGGCCGGAAGCUUCCUUAGUGUUAACCUUGCGUAUGGCUUCGCCGUCGCGUUCGGUGUCUACGUAUGCUGCGGCGUUUCAGGUACUGCUAUCCUAGCAUUGAUGUCUGGUCGUUUGUUUCCAUAUUACUUUACUAAAUGGUCUUUUCUCCCGUUUUACUGGAUCGGGCAAUAUAUUGGCGGAUUUUGCGGAGCGGUUAUAGUAUACUUCGUCUACAAAGGUACCUCUUACAUGGUGACCGGACCAAAUGCGACGGCUAACAUUUUCGCUACCUACCCUGCCGCUUACCUGAGCACUGGAGGGGGACUACUUGACCAGAUCGUUGGAACGGCUGUCCUCCUCGCUUGCGUCUUAGCCAUUUUGGACCAGCGAAACACACAGGUCCCAACGUACUUCGCUCCAUUACUGAUCGGUUUCGUGAUUAUGGUCUUGGGUAUGUCGUAUGGAUUCAACAGCGGCUAUGCGCUGAACCCUGCUCGAGACCUUGGCCCUCGCCUGUUUACGCUGAUGGUCAGAUGGGGUUCGGAAUCGUUCACCGCGUUCCGCUACUGGUUUUGGGUGCCGAUCAUUGGGCCACACAUUGGGGCGCUGGUCGGCUCUCUGAUUUACAUCGCUUUCGUCCAGCUGCACUGGCCGAGAGGAGAACCUCAGCUGUUGGAAGCAAUUGAAAUCAAGUCUCCUUUGAGAGGCCACUAUUAA